UCAAAUCUUUGUCCUCCGCAGUCCCAACGCUGUCGUGGAACAGAGAGGAGAGAGAAGGAGAAGAGGAGGGAAAAUUUUUGUUUCGAAUUGUCUGUGGUGGAUGACGGAAGAAAUUCUCUUGGGUCGAUAGGGGUUGCUUCUCGGAGAUUUCUUCAAGACCGGAGAGGAUUUUGUCGAGUGACGGGGUAAGGUUAGUCGGUGGAAGCAACUCAGCGUAGCAAAUGCCGUUGCCAAGGGGAAGCGGGGUGUCCGAGAUGCCUCAACGGCUUUGCAGGCACUCGACGCACUCCAGAAACGCAAGCUCAGAGUCUGGCGGGGUUCAACCACUGAGCCGGCAUAGUGUUGGAAGCCCAAAAUUCAGUGAUAGAAGGUCCUUGAAAGGAUCAGCCCCUGAGAAGAGAACAGGAGUAAAUCACGAACUGCAGAAGAAAAGCGGCAGUCGAAUUUCUGAUCUUGAAACUCAGUUGGGCCAAGUUCAUGACGAAGUUAAGAAACUGAAGGAACAAUUGGCGUCUGUGCAGAAUGCCAAGAAAGCAGCAGACUUGGAGCUAGAAGAAAACAAGAAACUGGUAUCUGCUGAGCAAAGUGCUGUUCCAGAUGAUGCCGGAGGGCCAAAAGUCCCGGCAGAUAGCUUCCCUGAACCACCAGAGACUCCACCAGAAAAGGAAAAACCUUGCCUAACGAAGCAGGAUGAUGAGUUGUCAACUGAAGAGAACCUAGACCUGCCAGAUGCUGUUGAUAAUUCGACACGAGUUGAUGAGUUAAUUAAAGAAGAAACUGAGGAAAAAACACAAGCUUCACUUAAAGAAGCAGCUGAACUGCCCCAAGAGGAGGGUGACGGAGCACGUGCUGAAAGCACAGAUAAUGCAGAAGUGGUGGCAGAGCUGAAAUUGAAGAUGCAGGAAAAGGAGCAGGAGUUGAUCAGACUUUCUGGUGAAAAUGAAAGCCUGAAAGUUCACUUGUUGGAGGUUGAGGAGCUGAAGGCAAAAGAGGAAGAGACGUCGAAACGGUUGAGCGAAGUAACGAUGGAAUUGGAAGAAAGCAACAAGAAAGCAGCACGAGUAGCUGCGCAGCUGGAGAUAGUAAUACAAGCAAAGGCAGAAUUGGAGGAGGAGAUGAAGCGGGUCAGAGUGCAGACAGAACAAUGGAGGAAAGCAGCCGAGACUGCGGCUUCUGUAUUGGCGUACGUGGAUAAUGGUGCAGAGAUGAAUCGGCGCAGCGGGUCGAUGAACAGGCAGAAGGCCUUAGACAAGUCCGGCUACCUCGGGUUGGGAUCUCCACUGGCAGAUGAUACCAUGGACGACACCCACGCAGAAAAACGAAAGGGAAGCGGUGCUGGUAUCAAGAAAAUUGGCGAUUUAUGGAAGAAGAAAGGGCAAAAGUAGCGAGGUUUUGGUGAGAGGAAGUGGGCAAGCUUCUCUCUUGCCCCUUCUUUUGUCACGUCCGUUUGCGAGAGAGAGAGAGAGAGAGAGAGAGAGAGAGAGAGAGAGACUGUUUCUUUGUCUGCUAAUGUGUAAGCUCUUUUCUUUAUUUAAUGGUCAAUAUUUUGUUCCA